UCUUUUCUGUAACAUCUUUCUGUAAACGCGUUCUUUUCAUGUUAUUGCUGAAUAAUGUCUGAUCAAGACACCAAAUUUUAUGAAACUGCUGUUGCAAACUUCAUUGAGUAUCUGAGGAUCAAUACAGUGCAGCCAGAGCCAGAUUAUGAUGGAGCGAUUGUAUUUCUCAAGAAGAUGGCGUCAGAGCUUGAUCUCCCGGUUGAAGUUAUCCAUGUUACUCCGAAACAUCCAGCGGUGAUCAUCACCUGGGAAGGCACCGAUCCGUUGCUUCCAUCAGUCAUGCUCAAUUCCCACAUAGAUGUCGUGCCUGUCUUUCCAGAACAUUGGAUUUGUGAUCCGUUUGAAGCAAUGAAAGAUGAGAAGGGCGACAUUUAUGCCCGAGGGUCCCAGGAUAUGAAAUGUGUUGCAAUACAAUAUAUUGAAGCCGUCCGGAAACUCAAGCGUGAAGGCCGUCGAUUAAGGAGAACGAUUCACAUGACAUUUGUGCCAGAUGAGGAAGUGGGAGGUCACCAAGGCAUGGAGAAGAUGAUCAAGUUUGAUUCUUUCAAGAAACUGAAAGUCGGAUUCGCAAUGGAUGAAGGUCUUGCGAAUGAGACAGAUGAAUUCAUGGCCUACUAUGGCGAAAGAAGUCCAUGGUGGUUCGUUGUCACUUGCCCCGGGGCGCCAGGCCAUGGCUCAAGAUUCGUUGAAAAUACGGCAGCGGAAAAAGCUCAAAAAGUGAUCAAUUCGUUCCUUGGUUUCCGGGAUCGCGAAGAGAAGAGAUUAAAAUCCGAUCCCGACAUAGCGCUCGGCGACGUCACAACGACUAACAUGACCAUGCUGAAAGGGGGCGUCCAACCAAACGUCAUUCCUGCCGAGUUCAAAAUCGGCUUCGACAUGAGGAUAGCGCCAACAGUGAAUCUUGUGGAGCUUGAGAAACAGAUUCAUCAAUGGUGUAAGGAGGCUGGGGAUGAUGUCUCUUUUGAGUUCUUACAGAGAAAUAUGAAUCAGAAAGUGACGGAUACCACAGAUAGCAAUCCAUGGUGGAAAGCUUUUAGUGACUCAUGUAAAAAAAUGAACUUGAAGAUAAAACCAACCAUCUUCCCGGCUGCUACAGACAGUCGAUAUCUCAGAGAGGCGGACUACCCUGCUAUCGGUUUCUCUCCAAUGAAUAACACCCCAGUGCUUCUUCAUGAUCACAAUGAAUUCCUCAACGAGAAGGUAUUCACACGCGGGAUCGAUAUCUACUACCAGCUCAUUCCGGAUUUAGCGAAUGUUUGAAGAUGCUCAAUCAUGGGGUUUUCAAUAUAAACCCUGUACCCCGUUUACUCAGGUUGCAUUGUUUUCUAGGAUCAGGGUUUGACACUAACUCAACUAGGACUUGUAAUUGGCAUGGGUAUUAGAAUUUCCUCAAAUUUUUCACUGAUUUGCAAGGAACAUUACUUCAUGGUCAAAUCCAAAGACUUAUGAAAUGGGGGGGGGGGGCAUUUCCCCUGAUCUGUGCCUAUAUUUCUCUGGUCUGCAAAGUUAAUAAUUAAAGAAAAACAUAAAAGUUUUGUCCUGAUGUUGGAUGGGUGAUAAAUCGAUCAGAAGCAUGCAUGUUAUUACGGUCUACAACAAGUUUUUUGUUUUUGUUUUGAAAGGUACUUGGUCAAUCAAUGUCUAUUUUUCAAUGAUUGGGUCUUAAGCAGGGGCAUCCUGCUAUAAAUCAUGACACGUAUGAAUUUUAAUACGUAAAAUGUAAUUCUGUUAUAUUGUAUAUUUUACCACAUAGCAAAACUAUGAAAAACUAUACUGUAAUUAAGAUUUAUUUGACAAAAAGACAAAUUCUUUAU